GUUGUAUUCGCGGUAUAACGCAAAAACCCUAAACCCGAUAAGCUGAGAGAACUCAGAUCACUGACUGUGCAAGCUAAGAACUUUCACGGAGGUUUGUUUUAAAAGAGUAUUGAUCACUUGCUUGGAUUGUAAUGGGUUGGAAAGCUGCUGAGAAACUCAUUAGGCACUGGAAAAUACUCAGAGGAGAUAAUGUUAUGAUAAUCAGGGGAAAGGAUAAAGGAGAGACUGGUACUGUUAAGCGUGUCGUUAGAUCUCAAAAUCGUGUUAUUGUUGAAGGGAAAAAUCUGGUGAAAAAGCAUAUCAAGGGAGGAGAAGUUCACGCAGGUGGGAUCUUUACAGUUGAAGCCCCACUUCAUGUCUCAAACGUUCAAGUUCUCGACCCAGUCACAGGGAAGCCCUGUAAGGUUGGAAGUAGAUAUCUAGAAGAUGGAACUAAAGUAAGAGUAGCUAGAGGUAUAGGAGCAUCUGGUUCAAUAAUUCCUCGUCCUGAGAUUCUAAAGAUAAGGACAUCACCAAGACCUAUAGUUGCUGGUCCAAAAGAUACUCCAAUGGAUCUUGUGCUGGAUAAGACAUACGAUGCUAAAACUGGAAAGGGCAUGCCUGACCUUUGAAACGCCUUGUUGAGUUUCUUGAGACAUAAAAUGUGUUAAUCAAAGCUGUUGAGAAAAUAUGGGUGCAUUAGAGUCCUAAGUAUGCCCAGGACAAAUUAUAAUCUCGCACCUGCAUCCUAGAUGUAUUCUGUUUGGCACAUUUUGCAAGUGAAUGCCUAGAAAUUGAUUGGAUUUUGCAGGUUUAAUAUGUUUCGGUUAGCCUUUCAAUCAUCAGAAUAUGCACAAACUUUGCAGUGACUGCCAUAUUUUCAUGAACAAUGGAUCAGCUACACACGGACAGAAACAUAUUUCUGGCUGAUGUUCUCUAAAAUAGGAUUAGACAGGAUUGAUUUGUAAUUAUAUUUAGAUGCAUGAUCUGGUGUUUUAUCUUAUCUCCGUUGUCUAAUCUUCAUAAAAGUUGGACAAUUGUUUUCGCCUUGUUCGUGCUUCUGAGGAAUACCUGAUUAUAACUAUUACUUUCAAGUCUUCAAAGGAGCUAAAUAAUCCAGAACUGGAAGUAUCAAAUCUCAAGUUCAACCAA